CAUUUGGCGCCCGACUCGGUUCCUGCACACAUUCUGUCAUAAGCGAACGCGACUUUCCUGCCUCCCAUUUCACCUCCCUCGAACGACUGCACGCAUCUUUGGAUCUCAUCCUCUGUUUCACUCACAAAACCUCACCAACAAUGUCAUGGAAGCUCUAAUCUACGAUGAAUCACCUAUAGCCGAAUAUCUAGAAGCAGACGCCAUACCAUUCGAACCCGCUGAACAGCCUUCCUCCCCGAAUUGCGCCCAAACUUUUGCCCCACGAGGUCUACCAAGAAUUCGAGAACGACUGCGAACGCUGCGUCAAACGGCUGCGUCCGUCACCGAUGCUGCCAACGAGGAAUUUCUCGAACGUUUUCGUUACGCCAUCGUCGCGUCACAACUCCUCUACGACGAUCCCAAGCCGAGAAUCCAGAUUCAAGAUGAGCAUACAUUUGACGAAAACACCUUUUCGGUCAGGGGGGCCCUUAUGACAGCGGUCAUCUCAUUCUCAACACCGUGCUUGCUGCAUCUUCUAAGAUGGCGCUACCAGAGCUCCAGACCGCCAGGCCUUGCCGAGAUAUCGAUCUACAUUUCAUUGUUGAUAGUAGGUUGCAUACUUGCAAUCUACUUCCUGCGUCGCCAGUACCUGGACCUCACUCGGAGGUCGACUGGGUCAACACUGGACAAAAUUCUGACAGAAUCACACAAUAUUGACACUGUUGUGGGUGAAGGACUCCGGUUCGUUCAGGAAGUUGAGGUUGUCUCCCGAGGGUAUGAAAUCAGCCACCCUAUGCCGCCGAUUAGUCGGUUGGAAGACCAAAAUGCGAAUGUACAGUGUCGCGAGUUACGGGCCUGUCUAGGAUCGACUUUAAGAUACAGCAUCGGUCAAUCCGUCGAAGCUCAUAAUGCUAUGCAACCAUUUCUGAGGGAACAGGACCUAAAAAGUUAUCAUGAUAUUUACGAUGUUUCGAUGCAGGAUUAUACUGAUGCUGUCACAUUUGCAAACAGCAUACCGUCCGACACCAAGGACACGCUCAAGGAACUCCGCUUCCUAUUUCGAUUACAUUUCAUGGCGAGAAGAGUUUUUCUUUGCGAUUUAUUAGCGCUUCAUUCCAGUUCCACCUGGCAAAAUAUUCGUCAGUGGCGCAAAACGUUGCGAAUCUUGCAGGACUUUGAGACUGCUUCGUCUCAGGCCGCUCGAGACGUCCGCGCAACUGUUGUACAAGAAGAGUUUGGGAACAAUUCGCGUCUGAAAGGACCAGAAGACAUUGCCCCGUUGGCGACCAACCAUGCAGAAACGAGCACACCCCAGAAGCGACAUACCAGAGCACAGCUACGCAGGUUUGACGCUGUCGCCAAUGCCAUCCGGUCCUUGCAUGCCAAGGUACACCUCCUGAGGGAAGAGAUGAAUGCCUUAACCUCAGACGAGGAUGACCCGGGUUUGAGCAUGGCGAUUGCUCGAAAAUAUGAGGGCCUAGGCCCUGAGAUACGCAAUACUCUGGGCGAGUGGGAGAAGGGGCGAAAUACCAUGUUCCUUAGUAUGAGUUCAGAUCCUGAACGUCGUUUCUCUGCAGCGUCCACCGAGAUCCGCUCCCCUGCAUCGCCCUCACCGAGCAGUCUGGGUGGUAUGACUGUCGUGGAUGAAGGUCCUGCAGAAGCGCUAAGACUGCUAAUUGGCGAGGGGCGAGGUUGCUCUGACGGAGGCCCCUUAGACGAGGAAGUGUUUGAGGCUGUGGCCCUUCCGCGUAAGAGAAUGUCAUGGACACCAAUGAGCCGCGAGGAAAAGCUCAACAGGCUGCAUGAGGAGCGCAAGAAGCGCGCCACGCUGCACGAGCAUGCAGAGAAUACGACCAGCAUGUUGCGAGAACUGCAGAUGGUCAUCAAGCACAGACCCAAUCAGGCCCGAUCAGAGGCACGGGUCACGUCGAUAUAGUCUUACCUCGACCAACUAAUUAGCAAUACAGUCCAUCAUGGUCCAGACUGAAUGACUGAUAUUUCGUGCAAAAGCCAUAUCGGGGCAGGUCUGAUGAAGCCUUGUUAGUCGAAUCUCACAAAGGGAUGCGUCACUCCCAGGUCGACCGUCUGGCACCUUCCACACAAGGAACUUUUCGGGUCGGUGAACAUAUCCCACACGGUUUUCUGAUGGGAACGAGGCGGCAUCCCAA